GCUCGUCAGUGCUGCACCACAGCGAUCCCUGGAGGCGGAGCGGGUAGCCGGGGAGCAGCAGGAGGCUGGCUGUUGUUAGCUCUUGUUUGUAGCCACAGAAGUUUCCAUCUGCAGCUGGUGGCGGCUGCUCCUCUCAGGCUGGGCUCAGAACAUCCAGGUUGCAGACAUGCCAAGUCUAAAGCUGAUCUCUGCGACGGACACGCAGUACUCAACGACUGUGCUCAAGUCCAUGAAUGAGCAGAGAAAUCAUGGAUUGUUCUGUGACAUCACCAUCAUCAUCCAGGACAAGAAAUUCAGGGCUCACAAAACCAUCCUGUCUGCCUCCAGCACGUACUUCCACCAGCUCUUCACUGUAGCCGGACAAGUGAUCGAGUUAAACUUCAUCAGGGCGGAAAUCUUUGAGGAGAUUCUCAACUACGUGUACAGCUCCAAGAUCGUCCGUGUGCGCUCCGACAUGCUGGAGGAGCUCAUCAAUGCUGGAAAGAUACUGGGAGUGAAGUUUAUCGCAAACUUGGGGUCUCCAUUGUCGCACGUGAAGGGGCUGCCUGGUCUGUCAAAAGAGCCAGAGAACAAAAAUGAGACGCCCGCCGAGGUGAUGCCGAUCAUCACGGAGUCCUUCUCGAUAUCUGCAGAGGAAUUCAAUCAGACGAGCAGAGCUGCGGAAAAUGACUCGGACUCGGACGGCGACGUUAUGUUUGUCUCGCAGACGAAGGCUAAGGCAGCCGGUCAGAAAGCCGACUCCUGUGAGAUAAUUGACGUGGAAAAAGCAGGAGCAGAAAAUGUAACAGAAGUGGAAAAUAUAGAAUCAAAUCACGCAGAUGCAAAACAUAAAGAUAUACCCACAGCUUCCCCGAAACCACAAGCUGCUAAGAGUCCCAGUGUCAGCUCCAGUAAGCCCAGUUUACCGGACAGCAGCCCUCUGCACAGCCCAGACUCCAGCUCCAAUAACCUGUCUUCCCCGGCUAGAGUUUCCACAGGAAGUGCUCCCACAACACCAGCCAGGUCCAGCAGUGUCACCCCCGAGCCCUCCAGUGCCGCCCAGUCUUCCGAAAACAGCGACAUCCCGGGAGUCCACAAAAAACAAGUCUCUACUUCAACUCAGGCGGGGAAUUCCAAAAUAAGGCUGUUGGAUGUUUUCGAGAGUCCUAACCAGCCGAAUCAGGCUGACAUCCCCAAAUCAGCAAUCGCAGCAAAAAAGACGGUGACACUCAAUACAGCCACAGAGAUGGAUUCCAUUUCUUCGGGCUGUAAAGUUUAUGCCAAUAUUGGAGAAAAUACUUAUGACAUUGUCCCAGUGAAGGAGGAUCCAGGGGAGGGAGGCUCUAAAGCAUUUAAAGGGAAGAGGUCAUUGAUGGCAACGCCUUUGAAAACCUUCGAUAAAAUACCGUUGUCCCCGAAGGGCGUCCCAAACAAGAAGAGCAAAACCGAGCUGGAGGAUCACUACGAGCUGAUCAUGGACGGGAAGACUUUCUUCGUGUGCGUCAUCUGCAAGCGGCCCUACGUGUGUCUGACCAGCCUCCGCCGGCACUUCAACACCCACUCGUGGGAAAAGAAGUACCCGUGUCGCUUCUGCGACAAAGUCUUUGCCUUGGCCGAGUACAGAACUAAACACGAAAUCCACCACACAGGAGAGAGGAGGUACCAGUGCUUGAUGUGUCAAGAAACAUUCCUGAACUACCAGUUACUGUCCACCCACUGCAAGCAGGCCCACAACCAGGACCCCAGCGGGAGGAAGGAGAAAGACGACACGGACAACAACUUGUACCGCCUGCUGCCGUGCAAAUCGGUGCAGAUGAAGCCGUACUCGUGGGCGACCGAGGGACCGGGGGUCCCCUGCAUCUCCGAGGACGGCAGCGUGCAUUCCAUAACCACCGGCCGCGAAGACGUCCACUCUUCAACCCAGAGCAGGAUGUUGAACUGGGACGACAUCUUCGUUGAGCCCAAUGCACACAUGCCGCCUGACGCCCACGCCCGACCAGCGUCGACCAUGAACAGCCGGCCCACACAGGCAGCUACCGAGUUUGACUUUGUUAUACCCGAGAACUACUGAGCGGGACGUGCUGCUCCGUUACCUGUGCCUUUUAGGUGCCCCACACACGUUGUCCUCUUUGGUUCCAUGUCGACAAUUUUCUUCGUUAAUUUUCUUCGUUAAUUCUCAAUAGAUUGAACGCAAGGUUCGGCCACAUUUCCGUUUAACAAAAAUGUGUAGUUUUAUUGAACUAAACACAAUGAUGAUGCAGAGCCGCACUGUUAAAGUGAAUCAAAGCUAAACUUUGAGUCCCUCAAUGAUUUCACAGGGACAGGAAAUGGAUGCUUGAGUUUGUGGUGUCGGCUUCAGUUAAAGGAAAUGGUUGCAGUUGACGGAAGUUCAAUGGGACCGUACUUUUUUUUCAUAUUCUGCUUUUGUAAAAGCCUUGAUCGUCCGUAUCAUUGGAGUAAAUGAUAAUGAAAUUAGCAAACAAACAUAGGAGUGGAUCAGCGCAUAACUCAAUAGUUGUAAUAAAAACUAAAGUAUUAAUAGCCUCAAAAUCUAUAUCAGCACAGAAAUUAAACAUUUCAAUUAUGUUUAUUUGAGCCCCCCCCCCAGAUUGGCCAAUUCAGUUAACAAACAGUAAACAGUAAACAGAUUGAGAAUCUUGACUCAAUUUCGAGGAUCAGAUGUAAGUUUUAACAGAUGUGAGACCCAAUUCUGCACGAGAGAAAAUGAUUUGAAAUGUAUUCUUUCAUUAUGUGAUUGUCGGCGAUCAUACAUCUGGGUCAUGUAGCAGGGAAUAUGCUUUUUUAGUGUUCGUUCUCAGUGGUUGGUGAAUAAUGAGGUUUUAUUCUUUUGUUUGUCAAACUCUUAUUUUGAAGCACCCUGUACAUUUUAAUUUUCUCUUAUUUCAAUGUUUUUUUCCUAUGUUAGAUUUUAUAUUUUGAAGCCAAGUUCUGCCGGCCAUGAAAAGUUGUCCGGAGAUUUUUGCAUUCAAAUGUGAUGAUUGGAUUAUUUCGGUCCUUGGAAAUAGCACUUAGUGUUGUAACACGCUGCAUUUGUUUGUGUGAUGUUUUGAUUUUUUCACAGUGAUCGGUCAGUAUGAGUGAGAAAGUAGUGCUAACAUGCGAAACUCUUCAAAUUCCUGUUGUUCAAUAAAACCAUGCAGAUUGUUUCUUUUUACACAUUAACAUUUGUGUGUGUGAUGUACAAAAUAUAAUUGUGCUAACCUUUUUUUUUUACAGCUUCAGAUUUAUUUAUUAGGUUUAUAGCGUAGAUAAAAUGAAAAUUGUUCUUGGGUCUGUUGGCAUUUUUCUAGAAUGUCCCUUUUCUGUCAAUUGGCAAUGAGAAUUCUGUGGCAGUAAAUAAAUUAUUUUUAAUAAC